AUGGGCGAGGACCCCAGCCUGGUCGCCAAGGCCGCCCUGGCUGCCAGCGCCUUCUCGCCCUCGGCGGGGUCCUGCUCGGGGGUCCGCGGCGCCGGGGCGCUCCGGCUGGAAGCGGUGAUGGAGAACCUGCAACGGGCGCAGGCGGCGCGGCUGGAGGAGAAGCUCCGGCGGGCGCAGGGGGCUCAGCCCGGCGUCCCCCCGGCGCCCCCCGCCGGCUUGGCUUCUCCGCCUCCCCCGCCGCCUCCGCCGCCUCCCCACGAAUGGACCUACGAGGAGCAGUUCAAGCAGCUCUACGAGUUGGACGGAGACCCCAAGCGGAAGGAAUUUCUGGAUGAUCUCUUCAGCUUCAUGCAGAAGAGAGGGACCCCCGUGAACCGGAUCCCCAUCAUGGCCAAGCAGGUGCUGGAUCUCUACUCGCUCUAUCGGCUGGUGACCGAGAAAGGAGGCCUGGUGGAGGUGAUCAACAAGAAGAUCUGGCGGGAGAUCACCAAAGGCUUGAAUCUGCCCACCUCCAUCACCAGCGCAGCCUUCACGCUCCGCACACAGUACAUGAAGUACCUCUACCCUUACGAAUGCGACAAGCGGGGGCUGAGCUCUCCCGGCGAGCUGCAAGCCGCCAUCGACAGCAACCGGCGGGAAGGGAGGCGGCAGAUGUUCGGGGCCACCCUGUUCAGCUACUCGCCCACGGGCACGCCGGCCACCCUCGCUUCCCCCAAGAUCCCUCUGCCCUCCCUCACCAUCGCCACCCACAACGGGAGCCAGAUCGGACAAGUCCGCGCCGUCAAAAAUGAAGAGAGUCUCCUGUCGUCUGGGGUGCCCAGCCGCAUUGCCAUACCCGUCAGCCUAGCCGGGCAUCACCUGGUGGCAGCACAAGCCGCAGCUUCUCAGGCAGCCGCCCUGGAGCAGUUGCGGGAGAAGCUGGAGACCAGCGAGCCCCCGGAGAAGAAGAUGGCGCUGAUGGCCGAAGAGCAGCAGCGCCUGGUCCAGCAGGCUCUUCAGCAGAACCUCUUGGCUAUGGCCUCCCAGUUCCCGGUCAACAUCAAGGUCAACAGCCGCGGAGAUGACAGACAGGAGACGGCAUUGAAUCUGUCGACCAACGGCAUUAGCAGCAUCAACAUGUCGAUAGAAAUAAACGGUGUUGUCUACACAGGUGUGUUGUUUGCCAGACGAUCGGGCCUCCUGGGCACUGCGGGAGGCGCCCACAGCCACGCCACCACAGGGAUGCCACCGAGUCCGCUAUUCUCCGCCACAUCUCGGGGACGUGCUCCGGCCAGCAGCUCGCCCUGAGAGGAGAAGCCCUGCGACCUGUCCUCCACCCCUCGGACAACGGCCUCCACUCUGCCAUCCUGCGUAGGGACCUCGUAGGGGCAUCUGCGUUCUUGGUUCAGGGUGGCAAGGGGUGAAGCCCCCCCAGCCCUGGAGUGGCUUGGAGAGGGACUUCGGGGCAGGGCGAAGGACAGAAUGAAGAGACACUGGGGCACUGAGGAGGACAUAGGUUUGAGAAGGAGGUGGUAGAGGGAGCUGAUUGUCCAGUGGAAUGGCGUGGCUCCAGAGGUUGUAGGUGCUCCAUCACUGGAGGUUUUGAAGAAGAGAUUGGACAACCAUUUGUCUGAAAUGGUAUAGGGUCUCCUGUUCAAGCAGACUAGAAGACCUCCAAGGUCCCUUCCAACUCUGGUUUUCUAUUAAUCAGUGGGACGGCUUGCCUCCAGAAGUUGUGGGUGCUCCAUCAGUGGAGGUUUUCAAGAAAAGAUUGCGCAAUCUUGUUAUUCU